GCUUCCUUCAUUUGCCAACCUCCACGGCUCGCCACCACGGCACCACAGAGCAUCUAAUGCUUUCCCUCGCUGCCUCCCUCCCUCCUUAAUCCCACCCUAAUGCGCCUCAAUAAUCGCUCCCGCCACCACUAAACCCCUUCCGGAUCCCGCCGCUAACCACAAUCUCCGGGGUUUAAAGCCCGGGGAGCCGGCUGCUUCAAGAAACAGCAGAGCAGGAGGCGGAGGCGGCGGCGCGGCGGCGAGAUGGACCUCGCGUCGUUCCUUACGUCGGUGCUCACGUCGUUCGUCAUCUUCGUGGUGCUGGUGCUGGUGUUCACGUUCCUGUCGCGCCGCCCGGGGAACGCGCCGGUGUACUACCCGAGCCUCCUGCUGCGCGGGCUCGACCCGUGGGAGGGCCGCCGGCGCGGAACCCGCAGCCCCUUCGGGUGGAUCCGCGACGCGCUCUCCGCGUCGGAGACCGACGUCAUCGCCGCCGGAGGGGUCGACGCCGCCGUCUACCUCGUCUUCCUCUCCUCCGUGCUGUCCAUCUUGGUGUAUUCUGGGAUUGUGCUGCUUCCGGUUCUCCUCCCUGUUGCUGGAACUGAUCGAGGCCUGGAACUUACUGCUGCUGCUGGCAUCAGGCCAAAAAAUGAUGACAAAAACAACUCAGCUCCAGAACUCCCGGAGAUUCAAAGACUAGCAUUGAGCAAUAUCCAAGAAGGAAGUAUGAGGCUGUGGGCAUUUCUGUUGUCAGUCUAUUGGGUUUCCUUUGUCACCUAUUUCGUCUUGUGGAAGUCAUACAAGCAUGUUUCAAAUUUGAGAGCGACUGCAAGAUCAACACCAGAUGUUAAACCAGAGGAGUUUGCGGUGUUGGUGAGAGAUGUCCCUAGAUCCUAUCCAGAUGAAACUAUAAAGGACUCUGUAGAUUCAUAUUUCCGAGCACUUCACCCUAACACCUUCUACAGAUCAAUGGUUGUGACAGACCACACAAAGGCUGAUAAAAUAUACUUGGAGAUCGAAGAGCACAAGAAGAAAAUUGCUCGCGCUGAGGUUGUCUAUGCAAACUCGACAACUGAAAGUAACCCUGAGGGCAUUAAGCCUACUCAUAGGACUGGAUUCCUUGGUCUUAUUGGUAAAAAGGUUGACACGAUUGAAUACUGUAGCGAGCAGAUUAAGGAAUUACUGCCCAAACUGGAGGCCGAACAGAAGACUACCCUUCGUGACAAACAGCAGCGGGCUGCCAUUGUCUUCUUUAAUAGCAGAUCUGCCGCAGUUUCUGCAUCUCAAACUCUCCAUGCUCAGGUGUUUGAUAAAUGGACAGUUAUGGAAGCUCCUGAACCACGUGAUAUAAUAUGGCCCAAUCUUUCAAGGAAUAUUUAUGAGAGGCAAAUCAGACAGGUUGUGGUCUAUUCCAUUGUCUUUCUGGCGGUGGUUUUCUAUAUGGUUCCUAUCACUGCUGUCUCUGCUAUUUCAACUCUGGAAAAUCUGAGGAAGGUGCUGCCCUUUCUGAAGGUGGUAGUGGACCCUCCAGUGAUCAAGACUGUCUUGCAGGCUUACCUGCCACAGAUUGCACUUAUUGUGUUCCUCGCACUGCUGCCUGCUUUUCUUAUGUUUCUCUCAAAAGGAGAGGGGAUCCCUUCUCAGAGCCAUGUAGUCAGGGCAACAUCAGGAAAAUAUUUCUACUUCAUUGUUUUCAAUGUCUUCCUUGUCUAUACACUUGGGAAGACCUUGUUCGCCUCUUUGAAAACUAUUUUAGAUAACGCUAACAUCAAUGUGAUCAUAAAUAUGCUGGCCACCAGCCUGCCUGGAGGUGCAACAUUCUUCCUCACAUUCGUUGCACUGAAAUUCUUUGUUGGUUAUGGGCUCGAGCUCUCUCGCCUGGUUCCUCUCAUCAUCUUCCACCUGAAAAGGAAGUAUCUUUGCAAGACUGAGGAUGAAGUGAAAACAGCAUGGGCUCCAGGAGACCUGGGAUAUAGCACCAGAGUUCCAAAUGACCUGCUCAUCGCAACAGUCGUGUUAUGCUACUCGGUCAUGGCACCUUUGAUUGUUCUAUUUGGUGUUGCAUACUUUGCCCUUGGAUGGCUUAUAGCAAAAAAUCAGGUUCUUAGAGUUUAUGUUCCUUGCUACGAGAGCAAUGGGCGGAUGUGGCCACACAUGCACACGAGGAUCAUCGCAGCUCUACUCCUUUAUCAGGCCACCAUGAUUGGCGUUAUUGGCCUGAAGAAGUUCUAUUAUUCACCUAUCCUUCUGCCACUCCUCCCGAUCAGCUUCAUCUUCGCCUACAUCUGCCAUAUGCGCUUUUACCCCGCAUUCGCCAAAACUCCCCUGGAGGUGGCACAGCAUGAGCUGAAGGAAACGCCAAACAUGGAUGCCAUCUACACUGCAUACAUCCCUCAGUGCUUGAAGCCUGACAAGCUCGAGGAUUUGGAUGCCUUUGAAGAUGCUCAGUCGCACACCACUUCCAGAGCGCCGUCCAUUUAGUUUGGGGUUUCUCGUCCAUCACAACAGUGCAGAAGAAAAUCCAGACCCGUAAUGUUAAAUUUAUGCAGGGUGUCCGUCCACGCAUGAACCCUCUGGACUAUUGUUUCAGGAUAGGAAUCUGAUGUGAAAUGUACAUACUCGAUGAUCUUGUCUGCUGAACGUGUAUGGAUCGUUGUAGGUAGCUGCUGUGGAUAUCUGGGGUUCUGAGUGCCUCUUCAUUUCUACCCGUGCGUGUGUGGUUACUGUAGACAAUCUUUCGUAUUGCUGUGUAGCAAAUCUGUGAGUCGAUUUGCCUAAUGCUCUGUAACUACAUUAAUCAGAACCACUGUUAUUUUUAGUUGCUGUUACUGGUGAAAGUUCAUGUU